UGUUCGCUUCGUUGCUCCGAAUCUCCGAUUGCUCCGAAUCUCCAAAAUAACAUCCUACUAUUUAAUGUAUACAUAUGUAGUACAUAUGUGUCACUAGUUACUAUUAUCUUGUCGCAGACGCUAACGACGGUAUAACGACUAACGACUGUUUGUUAAUAUGAUGUAGUUGUAAUUGACAAUUUAUUUCUGCUGCAUAAUGGAUACAUACAAGAGCAUCGCUUAAACGAACAUGUAGCAACAAAAAUCCGGAGUUUAAAAUAAGUACAUAACGAAGAAAAAAGAAGAAGAGAACGAAAAAACAUACGAAAACUUACAGUGAAAAAUUGCGAGUCGCGAGAGAGAAGUACCGGAGAGUAAUUUGAAGAACAGCCGUCGACGUCUGGCGUUUGGCAGCCUCAUCUAGUUGCUCCAUGAAUAAAAUGCACAUGCAGUUUGGCAUUGGAUCGUGAAAUUUAUAAAAUUCACGAUAAAAAAAAAAGAAAAAAUGCCCACACCGCCACCAACACCUCCUGCACCGCCUUCGGCUUUGUCAAUAACCGUUCUGCCACCCAAGACUUAUGCCAGAGUAUUCACGGAUCCUUAUCAGGAGAUACAAAGUUUAAUAUUCAGGUACGAGCUGAACGACGCGGACAUAAAGUACUACUGCCACCUCAAGCCCAUACGCCAGCAGGGACCACAAUGUGGUCUGGUAGCUCUGGCUAUGGCGGCCCAAGAGUAUCCUCGAAAAAUCGCGGCAGCCGAACUCUACGAGGACGCUAGGCAAUCCGGUUUCACUCAACAUGGGGAAAUCUACAGCGUUGACUCGAUGGCUAAACUUGCGGCCAAAUACAUGGCCGACCACAGACCUGAGAUCCUGAGAAAUUUGGAGGACUACCCGUAUACGAUAACUAGGGCACUCACGAGCGGCGCCAAGGUUCUUAUUCCGUACGAUUCGGAUCUGAACAACGCGCCGACUCUUAAACGCGGCCACAAAGCACACUGGGCUCUGCUCGUUGGACUCAUCUCUUCCGAACAAGGCUACCACGUGUUGGCGCGACACGGGAAAACAGCUCGAUUGGCCUUGUGGCCGCUGGCCGAUCUGCUCGAAAGCAAUGCUAAUCUCGAGGAGGAGGGUCCGAUUCGACACACGGGCGGCUAUGUUAUACCCGAUGGUGGGGUAGGCGGCAAACAAGGACUCAAAGGCCGGGCUGUAGCGCUCCACCCCUGCAACAGUCCCGUUACUUCUCUGUAAUUGAGUGAUCUCCGUAAUGUAUGUACUAUGUGAAAAACGCUGUAGGUACUUAUACAUACGCCAAUGACAAUGAUGCAUCCUGCCAGUUUGUUAAAAGUAGCUAAAUGUGAUUUGCUCCGUAUAAAGGUACGACAAAGUCUUACCAGUCACUUUGAUUCAAGUAUAAAAGUGUUAUAUUACUUUUCGUGAGCAGCUAUAAUUUAUGUUGAAUUAUAAAGAUUUAUAUAAAUUUCUCUACUAAUUUACUAUUUGUUGCGUUAAUACUUAUGUACCAUAAUAAAUGUAUAUAUAUAUGAGUAGUUUUAUACAUGAUUAAAAUACAGUUUUGGUACAAUACUCUCAAAGCUUUUAUAAAAUACGAAUUAACACAAAUUUUAAUAUAAUAAAUAUAUUUUAUGAAAAAAAGUCUUAUAUGAUAAAUAUUAAAUAAAGG